AUGUCCAAACCUUCUUCGUCGUCCAAGGCGCCUUCCACAGUCCCAGGAGUAAACCUGAGCUUCUAUGUUCAAAUCGACCCUCUCGAACCCAACUAUCAAGCGGAGCCAGCUCGACAUGGAACACACAACUUCUGGGCCCCACCCCACACCAAGACUGGAUAUAAUCGAAAGCCUGGCAUGCUUUUCCGUUGGGGAAGCGGAGUCAUAACUCAUGUUUCAGCCAAUGAUACCGUCGGUCGCUCCCUUCACCAGACUUACAGUGCCGCCACUGUGUUCACGCAAAACCCGGAUACGCCUCAUUUACUUGCCGUUCCUUUCGAUGCAGAAACAAAGCAUGCGCGUGAAAAUCAAGGAGGCUGGAGACCUCUCUUCUUCCGCCACAUUCAAAAUACCCAACAUACAUAUUCUGCUGUUUCAACGGUCGGUGAUCGCCAGCACAUCGCUGCCCCAGGCUCGUCUCACUGGAUGCCUCAGCUUCUACCUAGAGUCUAUGAUUAUCAGGCUGGAAGCCCUAGGAUACAGGCGGGCCUAAUCGGAAGCAUACCUCUACUCAUUGCUCUUGCAGCCUUCUCGGCACCGCCAGAUGCGCUUAGGGAGGUGCUCAUCAACUGUCUUCGGCCAGGAACAUGGCGGCCUCAUCGAUUUCAGUAUCCCGCGGGUCAUAUUGCCGAGAGAGGCAUGGUCGUCACUAUCUUCUUCGAUCCUGUGAACCCUCAAGGAUCUAACGCGGUUAUGUUGAAUAAGCUUCAAAACGGCGAUUUCGGUGCGUUCUACAGUUAG